CUCUGGAACGCAUAAGGAGGUGCUGCUUCACUUGCUGCACACCACACUUUCAGUUCUGGUCUCCAUCCUGCUGCCCUCAAGACAAAAUAAUGACUGCUUUCAAGGGCAUCUGGACUCAGGAGUUCUGGCGCUGUGUGGGUGCUGAGUUCUUCGCCAUGCUGCUAUUUGUCCUGCUCAGCCUUGGGUCAACCAUCAACUGGGGGGCUGCUGAGAAGGAUCCCCAUCCCCCUGACCUGGUACUCAUCUCACUCUGCUUUGGUCUGACUAUUGCCACCAUGGUGCAGUGCUUCAGCCACAUUAGUGGUGCUCAUAUCAACCCUGCAGUCACAGCAGCCAUGGUGGUGACCAGAAAGCUCAGUCUGGCUAAAGCUGUCUUCUUCCUGCUGGCACAGUGUACCGGAGCCAUAGUGGGGGCUGCCAUUUUGUAUGGCAUCACCCCAGCCUCUGUUAGGGGUAGCAUGGGCAUCACCACGGUAAAUAUGAGCAUUUCUGUGGGAAACGCAUUGGUUGUAGAACUCUUCAUCACCUUUCAGUUGGUCUUCACUGUGUUUGCCACUUGUGACAACAAACGCAGUGACCUCAAGGGUUCAUCUGCUUUGGCUAUUGGCCUGUCUGUGUGUAUUGGUCACCUGUUUGCUAUUCCCUACACUGGAGCCAGUAUGAAUCCUGCCCGAACCUUUGGCCCAGCCAUGGUCACAUGGUGCUGGGAAAACCACUGGGUGUACUGGGUGGGUCCAACUCUGGGCGGGACUCUGGCUGGAGCUCUGUAUGAGUACCUAUUCUGUCCAGACCCAGAACUGAAGAGAUGUUACUCUGAGGCCUUCAUCAAGACACCUUUCAGUGCUAAUAAACACCGACAGGACUCAGUCACAGCCCAGGAGCCUCUUUUCACUGUCAUGGAUGUGGAAAGAGCUGAGAGGAAGGAAAGAGAGAGGGAGAGGAAGGUAUCGGGGGAUGCGUUGUCCCCUGUAUGACUAGGAGGGAACCAUGGAACUGAUGUCCAGUCUGCUGACCAACAGUCUGCUCUGAAGGAGACUGACUUCCUGUAGACUGGCACAGCAAACACUCACAAAUUACAGA